AUGUAUUUCAGUCCUGAUUUUGAUGCAAGUUCUUUGCUUAGUGUGGUUUUUCCAACCUGUGGUGUAUUGGUGAGCAGGAUGUUCGGAAGCUUCAUAGUCCUCCCUCACUGGGCAGCCAGCACCUCAGCUUCACGCGACCUACUCAGAGCUCUCCAGGGAGGAGCCGGAUAUGAUGGCUAUGGUGAAGAAUACAGUUGUCCAAUUUCAGAUGAAGAUAAGCUCAUUGAUGAGUUAGAGAAUCAGAUGCGAGAAGGUGGCGUUAUUGUUGAUUACUAUGGCUGUGAUUUCUUUCCGGAACGCUGGUUUCAUAUAGUUUUUGUGUUGAGAACAAAUAACAGUAUACAGUACAAAAGACUUGAAACAAGGGGCUACAAUGAGAAGAAGCUACAAGACUAUAGUCAGUGUGAGAUUUUCCAAGUUCUUUAUGAAGAAGCCAGAGCCUCUUAUAGAGAAGAAAUUGUGCAUCAGCUGCCCAGUAAUGAACAGGAACAGCUGGAGGCUAACAUCAACCAAAUCUCAAAAUGGAUUGAGCAGUGGGUCAAAGAACAUAACUCUUGA